UUGUCAAAGGGUUAAAUCCCCGCAACAAUUUAGAGACAGGCUGUUAAAGUUUUGGUCCCAGUGCUUUCGACAAUUCGUCAAUUCACCAUGGCGCAUAAAGUAGCCACCACGUACAUUAUUGACGUUUCUCCGUCAAUGGAAGUCAAGCAAGAAGGAGUGGACAUAACCUGCUUCCAACAGUCCAUUAAUGCUGUGGCAGGCUUGAUUCAAGACAAACUCUUAGUUGGGCGAAAGACCGAUAUGAUCAGUAUCAUAUUAGCUGGAACAGAAGGAACGGACAACAGCCUAGUGCCUAAGAAUAGCGAAGAGCCUUCUGCGUAUGAACAUAUUACAACUAUUCAACGAAUUGACGUACCAGACAACGAGUUGGUCCGUAAACUGUUGAACACGACCGCGAGUAAACAUUCGCUGACAGAUGUUCUAAGUGCCUUGAUUCUCGCCGAAAAUGAUAUGGACAACCACUGCGGAAAACUGAAAUAUGUGAAAAAGAUUAUCCUAUUUACUGAUGCAGAAAGCGAAACAGAUUGGUCUGAUAUUGGCCAUAUUCAAGAGAGAUUGGCUGCACACAAGACUGAACUGAUCGUCAUUAUAGCUGGCUAUACUGAAUCUGACACUAGCAACUUCUCGGAAACCAAGGCUGAUAAUAUUAAACAUUUUCGCACUCUCGCCGAAGCAGACUAUGUGGAUAUUAUACCAAUGAAAGAUGCUGUAGAUAUGCUAAGCACCUUCAAGGUCAAGACAGUCAAUCCGACGCCUGUGUUUCGAGGCGAACUUCUGCUCGGUGAUGCCGCCGCGCAUCCGCUUGAAUCCCUCUCUGUUCCUGUCUUCAUGUACGCCAGAACAUAUGAAGCAAAGCUACCUACCGCAAAGAAGUGGUCAGCACUAUCUGAUACGCAUGCAGGCGAACAGGCUUUAACGCAUGAUGUCGGUAAAGAGGUCUCCUACAAAAUCAAGGGUUCAAAUAAACAGGCGAAUGGAGCUACAGAACAAGGCAACAUCAAUAGUUAUGAUCUUGAACACGCAUACCCCUUUGGAAAGUCUUUGGUCGUCAUCACUGCAGAAGAUGAGAAGUUCAUGAAGAUCGAGACAAAGGCAGGAAUGUUCAUACUUGGGUUUUUGAGUGCAUCAUCGAUUCCAAGAGAUUACCUUAUGUCCAAUGUAUACGUUAUUUUACCACGGCCUGCCGACAACAUGGUUGCCUCCGCAACUAUUUCUUCUCUGGCCCGAGCGCUGUACGAACAGAAUGCAUAUGCUCUAGUUCGUUAUGUCGCCAAAGAGAAUCAACAACCUAAGCUUGGCGUUCUUGUACCAUACUUUGAACCAAAUAUAGAUGCUCUACAUUUCAUUAGGGUACCGUUUGCGGAGGACAUUCGCCAAUUCCCCUUUGCGCCACUGGAUGUGGUUACUCUGCCUAAUGGAAAAGAAGUCACUGAUCACAAACUCCUUCCUUCCAAGGAGCUCGAAGAUGCCAUGGAUGCGUUUGUCGCCAGCAUGGAGCUACCAAAGGAACCGGAUGGCAGUGCUAGUUUCUCUCCUGAAAAAAUAUUCAACCCUGCAGUUUGGCGCUUGAAUGAAGCUAUCAAACAACGUAGUUUGAACAAAGCUGCUCCCAUUCCAGAACUUCAUUCUGCACUGAAGAUGCAGAUGGAACCACUUCCAAUCAUGAUGGAUGUCGCCAGAGAUAAAAUAACGAAGUUGACGGAGACUGCAGGUGUUAAAAAAGUAAAUGCAAAGGAAGGGAAAAAGCGAAGGUAUGGUAAAGGUGUCCAAUCUGAAGAGCCAAUAGCUCCUAUCCAAGAUAUCGUCAGGAACGAAGAGGAAAGUCUCAAGAAGUAUAAGGUGAAACAAGUGGAAGAUGCAGACAUGGAACUGGAUGAGCGACCAGGAUCGAUCAUGAAUAACCUAUCGAAUGUUCGGGAAGUUGGCGCAAUUGACCCUAUUAAGGACUUUAGAGCUAUGAUCGAUAAAGAAGGCGAUUUCAUAGAAGAAGCGGUGCAGCAAAUGUCGGAUAGGAUCGAACAACUCGUGAAGGAAUCGUUUGCUGAUCAGUACUUUGAAAAAGCAAAAGAGUGCCUCCAAGAAUUGCGUGAACAAUGCAAAAAGUUUGAAGAAGGAGUACAGUACAACGAUUUAUGUCGCAGGCUUAAAGUUUUAUGCGAUCCAUCCAACCCUCAAUCACAACGUCUUGAUUUUUGGAAGUUGAUGAUCAAGGAUAACAUUACACUUCUUUCCAAAGACGAAUCAGCGGACGUUGACGUAUCUCAAGAAGAACAGGCACAAUUCCUCACAGAUAUCCGAACACAGCCAACACAAAAGACAGAGGAGGCGGAUGUUCCCAUGGAAGAAAAAGAAGAUGAAUUAAGCGCAGACAAUCUGCUUGACAUGCUGGAAUAGAAUAUGGAUAGUAACUACAUAAAAAAAUGUACACCAACAAUACACUACUAAAAAUGCCAACUGUACCACUUUUACAAACAACUAAAGAAGUAGGGGA